AACUACUUAUAAAAAACGCUCUAAGCCAUCGAAGAAACUUCAAACUUCAAAACACAAAACGUGUACCUGUUCUUUCUUCACAUCCAUUUCCCCUAUAUACACACAUUCCUUCAACUAAAUCACACCAAAACUUACAACACAACCAAAUAAAAUUAAAAAGGGUUUAAACAAAUUCCAUUUUUUUUGUAUAGGAAAUGGUAUUGAUACAUCAAGAAGAAGAAAUAACAAGAAGUGAAAGAGGAAAUAAAAAGGGAAUGCGAGUAGGGAAAUACGAGUUUGGAAAAACUCUAGGUGAAGGUAAUUUUGGAAAAGUCAAGUACGCAAAACAUAGUGAUUCAGGCCAAUCUUUUGCUAUUAAAAUCUUGGAGAAAAACAAGAUCCAAGACCUUAGAAUCACUGAUCAGAUAAAGAGAGAGAUAUGCACCUUAAAAGUCCUCAAGCAUCCAAACGUGGUUAGAUUAUACGAGGUAUUAGCAAGUAAAACAAAGAUUUACAUGGUGUUGGAAUAUGUAAAUGGUGGUGAACUAUUUGACAAAAUUGCUUCUAAAGGGAAACUCUCAGAAGCCCAAGGCAGAAAACUCUUUCAACAAUUAAUUGAUGGUGUUAGUUAUUGCCAUGAUAAAGGUGUCUUCCAUAGAGACCUCAAGCUAGAGAAUGUCCUCAUUGAUGCAGGCAGAAAAAUAAAGAUAACAGAUUUUGGACUAAGUGCUUUGCCUCAACAUUUUGGGGAUGAUGGCUUGUUGCAUACAACAUGUGGUAGUCCCAACUAUGUCGCUCCUGAAAUUCUUUGUAAUAGAGGAUAUGAUGGUGCAACAUCAGAUACUUGGUCAUGUGGUGUCAUCUUAUAUGUCAUUCUCACUGGUUUUUUGCCCUUUGAUGAUAGAAAUCAAGCAGUGCUUUAUCAAAAGAUUUUUAAGGGGGAUGCACCAAUACCAAAGUGGUUAUCACAAGGAGCAAAGAAUCUUAUAAAGAGGAUUCUUGAUCCAAAUCCACAAACUCGAAUAACAAUGGCAGAGAUUAAAGAGGAUGAAUGGUUUAAACAAGAUUAUACUCCUGCAAAUCCUGAUGAAGAGGAAGAUUUGGAAGAUGAUCCUGCAUCCUCAGAUGAUGAAGUGUUGACAGUACAUGAAGCACCACUUGACACAGAAAGAGAUCCAGAAUCACCUUCUCUCAUCAAUAAUGCCUUUCAGCUAAUAGGAAUGUCCUCAUUCCUUGACCUUUCUGGAUUUUUUGAAAAUGAGGAUGUUUCAGAGAGGAAGAUCAGAUUCACAUCUAAUCUCUCCCCAAAAGAACUGCUAGAGAGGAUUGAGAAUUCAGCAGUGCAAAUGGGAUUUCAAGUCCAGAAAAAACCUGGAAAGUCAAAAGUAUUGCUAGAGCACAAAGGUCAAAAACAAGCCAGUCUUUCAGUAGUAGCAGAGGUUUUCGAGAUUAGUACAUCCUUGUAUGUUGUAGAGUUACAAAAAACUUCAGGGGAUUCUAUGGUAUAUAGACAGUUGUGUGAUAGGUUAUCGGACGAAUUGGGAGUCCAGCAAAGUGAAGAACUCCUGCCUACCAAAUUAUGAAAGAUGGAACUCUUAUCAGUGAUUAAGUCCAUUCUUUUAUUAUCCGGAAACAAAGGAUUACCUCAAGAGCUGAGAGUAAUAGAGUAGAAGACUGUAAAUGAGAUGCAACUACAAAUAUAUGUCAUUUUAAUGUCCAUACAACUGUUGAAAGAAACAAUAAUCCUUGUUACAUAAAAGUUUCUUUCCUUUUGCA